CACGAUUCAAAAACAAAACAAUGCCCUUCCCCUCCCUCCGCCGAAACGAUAACUCCUGCACGCACAGCUCCGUCUCUCUCUCCACCUACCAUGCCGCGCCGCCUCGGCUGCGCCGCCGCCACCGCAACCCUCUUUGCCGCCGAUAGCCACCGCCCCGUCAUCGCCGUCUUUCCCUUCCUCUUCCUCUUCACUCUCACCUAACCAACCACCCCCUCAGAGUCAUACUGUCAUAGUUCCUCGAGCCAGUCUCGCGCGCCCGCCACCUGCUCGACGGGAUCGGAUCUCGUCCCGCUAUGAGCCAGGAUCCCAGGGGCAGCGCAGCGGGCGCGGUCGUCGACGCGCUCUCGCUGGACCUGCUCACCCACGCGCUGUCCGGGGUGCGCGACCCGCGGGACCGCAAGUCGUGCCGCCUCGUCAGCCGCGCGUUCGCGCGCGCCGAGGCCGCGUCCCGGCGCUCCGCCCGCCCACUCCGCCGUGAGGCGCUGCCGUGGGUCCUGCGCGCGUUCCCGGCGCUCCAGGCACUCGACCUCUCCGCGUGCGCCGGCCUCGACGACGCCUCCCUCGCCGCCGCUCUGUCCGCCGCCGCCGAGCUGGGGAUGCCCAUCCGGCGCGUGAGCCUCGCGCGGGCAAGCGGGGUCGGGUGGCGCGGGCUCGAGGUCCUGGUGGCGGCGUGCCCGCGGCUGGAAGCCGUGGACCUGUCCCACUGCGUCGCGGCCGGGGACAGGGAGAUGGCGGCGGUGGCCGCCGCGGCGGGGCUCAGGGAGCUGGCACUGGACAAGUGCCUCGCCGUGACGGACAUGGGUCUCGCCAAGGUGGCCGUAGGGUGCCCGGGGCUCGAGAGGCUCAGCGUCAAGUGGUGCCGCGAGAUCUCCGACAUCGGCGUUGAGCUGCUCGCCAAGAAGUGCCGCGAGCUGCGGAGCGUUGAUAUCUCUUACCUCAAGGUGAGCAAUGAAUCCCUUAGAUCACUCUCCACUCUUGAGAAGCUAGAGGACCUAGCAAUGGUCAGCUGCUUGUUUAUAGAUGAUGAUGGCCUACAAAUGCUAAGCGCAGGCAACUCGCUGCAGAGUAUUGAUGUAUCAAGGUGUGAUCAUGUGACUUCCCAGGGCUUAGCUUCACUCAUAGACGGUCAAAGUUUUCUCCAAAAAAUACAUGCUGGACACAGUUUGCAUGAGAUAGAGACUUGCUUCCUGUCCAAGUUAUUAACAAUAAAGGAAACUUUGACUGUAUUGAGACUCGAUGGCCUUGACAUCUUUGCCUCUAGUCUACUGGCUCUUGGUGAUAGCUGCAAGAGUUUGGUGGAGAUUGGCCUUAGCAAAUGCCAUGGCAUUACAGAUGAUGGGAUUGCAUCACUUGUAGCUCACUGCAACUACCUAAGGACUAUUGACCUCACAUGCUGCCAUCUCCUUACGGAUGAUGCCCUUGCUGCAAUCGCCGAGAACUGUAGAAUGGUUGAGUGCCUCAGGUUGGAGUCCUGCCCUUUUGUAAGUGAGAAGGGGCUAGAGCGAAUCGCAACCCUCUGCUCCCAUCUUAAGGAGAUAGACCUCACUGAUUGCCGUAUUAAUGAUGCAGCUUUGCAGCACUUGGCGAGGUGCUCGGAACUGCUAGUCUUGAAGCUUGGCCUCUGCUCAAGUAUUUCCGACAAAGGCCUUGCUUAUAUUAGUUCAAACUGUGGAAAACUCGUGGAGCUUGAUCUAUAUCGUUGCAGUGCUGUUACUGAUGAUGGACUAGCAGAUUUAUCUCGUGGCUGCAAGAAGAUUAGGAUGCUAAACCUACGCUAUUGCGCCCAAAUCACUGAUGUUGGUUUGAAGCAUCUAAGCUCCCUGGAGGAGCUCACAAACCUUGAGCUGAGAUGCCUAGUGCGUAUCACGGGCAUUGGAAUCAGCUCUAUUGCCAUUGGUUGCACUAGCCUGGUAGAACUGGACUUGAAGCGCUGUUAUUCGAUUGAUGACACUAGCCUCUGGGCUGUUGCGAGAUACUCCCAAAACCUCAGACAACUUGAUAUAUCGUACUGCCAAGUCACAGGCUUGGGCCUGUGCCAUCUGCUGAGCUCCCUGAGGUGCCUUCAGGACGUGAAGAUGGUUCACCUCUCCUGGGUCUCCAUUGAAGGGUUCGAGAUGGCGCUGUGGGUUGCCUGCGGGAGGCUGAAGAAGCUGAAGAUGCUGGGCGGGCUGAAGUCCGUGCUCUCCCCCGAGCUGCUCCAGAUGCUGCAGGCCUGUGGCUGCCGCGUCCGGUGGAUCGACAAGCCCCUCGUCUACAAGGGUUGAGCUUGUGAAGGGUCGGAGAAUCAAUCAGGCGAACAGUCAUCCUUCGGAUCAGAGGAGGAAGAUGAUCGGCAACGGGGGCCAGCUUCUUCUUCCAUGCGCCAAGAAACCAAGACCAUGUAGCAGAUGCUCUAUGAGAUGAAAGUGCUUAUAGUUGUGACCACAACACUUGUCCUGCUAUGCAAUGCGCAAAACUUACCGUAGAUUGUCCAUGUUGAAACAUCAUCUGUAGCCUACCUCACUUAAAAUUGUGCAGACUACUACACAGCCAAAAAUAACACCAGUCAUUGCAGCAAGUCUCAGCAACAGAUGCUGAUAAUUGAGCUCUUCCUGUGAUGGCUGCCACUAUCCUAUGCAACUAAUUUUGGUUCUAGUCUGAAGCCAUGAAGUCAUAAACCAUA